AUGGUAGAAAGACUCAAAGGAGCAUUCCAAGAUAUUAUCUCUCCCAACCAGUUGGCCUUCGUCCUUGAUCGUAUCAUAUCUGAUAACAUCUUCAUGGCUCACGAGAUCUACCAUUACAUCAAGCACCAAAAGAAGGGAAAGAAGAAGCUCCUUGGGUUGAAAUUGGAUAUGCGCAAGGCCUAUGAUAGACUGGAAUGGCCAUUUGUUCGAGAAGCUCUCUUGAAAUUGGGUUUUUGUAACGGAUGGGUGAAUUUGACAACAAUACAAAGCAGCUUAAGAUCAAAUGCAGACAGAAAGAAAACUAAUGCAUAUGUUGCAAAAUGGUUUUAUGAAGCUGGCAUCCCAUUCAAUACUGUCAAGUUAAGGAGCUUUGAGGAGAUGGUUGAAGCCAUUGCACAGUUUGGGUCAGGAUAUAAGCCCCCUUCUUACCAUGAGUUGAGAGUGCCCUUGCUACAGGAUGAAAAAGCUCAGAUUGACUAUGUAUCUAGUGAGUCUCAAUAUGCAGCCAUGUUAUUUCAGCUGCUUGAUAGUAAAAUUGAAGAAAUUGGGGAGGAUAAUGUGGUACAAGUAGUUACAGACAAUGCAGCUAAUUAUGUUGCAGCUGGUAGAAUGAAAAAGACAAAUGGAAUAGAUCUGGUGAGGUCUGGAGUUACAAGAUUUGCUACCUCAUUCUUGACACUACAAAGUUUGUACAAGAACAAGGAUGCCUUGAAGCAAUUAUUUGUAUCUGAUGAUUGGAAUAGUUCUAAGUUGUCCAAGACAGAGGCAGGUAAGAAAGUACUUGAGACAAUACUUGCACAAACAUUCUGGAACAGUAUAAAAGUAAAUUUUGCCAACAAAGAACGGUCAUGGAAGAAGGUGUUAGCAAUUAUUGAUGAUCGUUGGGAGGUCCAAAUGGAUCGACCUUUAUAUGCUGCUGCCUUUUACCUAAAUGCUAGCAAAUAUUUUGACUACAUCAAUGAUGCCCCUUUUGAAGAAUCAUGUAAAAUACAAGAUGCAUUCAUGUCAGUUAUUGAAAGAAUGGUGCCCGACUUAACUGUGCAAGACAAGAUCAUACGUGAGUCUCAAUUGUACAGAAAAUGUGAAGGUAGCUUUUCAAGGAGUUUGGCUUUUAAACAACGGAUAGUCGGUGAAGGAGCAUUGGAUCCUAUCUCUUGGUGGCAAACACAUGGAUCUUCGGCCCCUACGCUUCAACAAUAUGCAAUACGCAUAUUAGGCCUUUGUUGCUCCGCUUCCGGUUGUGAGCGCAAUUGGAGCACAUUUGAUUUUAUUCACACCAAGAAGAGGAAUAGACUAGAACAUCAGCGCUUGAAUGAUCUAGUCUAUAUCCAAUACAAUCGUCGGCUUCAUUCAAGGUUCCAAGAAAGAAUGGAAAAAGGCAGCAAUUGUGAUCCAUUAAUUCUUGAUGAAAUGAAUUGGAGUAGUGAAUGGAUAACAGGGGAUCAAGAAGAUGGAGAUUUAGUCCAUCCUGGAGACGACCUCACAUGGGGAGAUGUUGAUAGAGCAGUUGGUGCAUCUACAUCGGUGGGGGGUCGUAAUUUACCUAGGAGGGCUCAAGGAUCAACAAGUGCAGCCAAUAUUUUCUACACACGUCGUGGUAGGGGAAGGGCCACUAUUGAGGAAUCAUCAGAUGAUGAAGUUGAAGAAGAGGUCCACGAUGUGGUGCGUGAUGAUGAAGAUAUUGAAGAAGACUUUGGUGAUGGGCCAACUGAUUCUAUGAAUCAACAACAACAGGAGGGAGAAGAAUUAGAUGGGGUUAAACAUUAA